AAAAAUAAUCCGCGCCAUCUAGCGUCCCAAGGAGCAGAACGCCUGGGCGUUGCGGUUGGUGGAUGUGCACCUGAAGCCUCUCGCGACAAGCUGUCCAGAAAUCCUGACAAGCUUCGUAAUCCUAAGUUGUGCGAAACAACACAACAAUGAAGUCCACGCUUUACUCGGUCGGGCUCUUCGCCUGCCUCGCAUCCCUGGUGUCUGCUACCGCUUUAACUUACAAGAUCUCUGCCAACGAGAAGGCCUGCUUUUUUGCCGCCCCAGAGAAGCAAGGCGCCAAGGUCGCAUUCUACUUCGCUGUGCAAUCCGGGGGCUCUUUCGACAUCAACUACGAGGUGACCGGCCCUGGAGGCAAGGUCAUUUUGGAUGGGGAGAAGGAGCGCCAGGGCGAUUUCGUCUUCACGGCCAACGAUGUCGGAGAAUACAAGUUCUGUUUCGAUAAUGACAUGAGCACCUACUCGGAGAAAUUCGUCGAUUUCGAGAUUUCCGUCGAAGAUGAAGAGCGCGCUCAGCUCCCAUCUAAGCAAGGAUCGACUCCGGAGCAGACCACCGUCCUCGAAGAAUCUAUAUAUAAGAUCUCAGGCCAAUUGUCAACCAUCGCGCGGAAUCAGAAGUACUUCAGGACGCGAGAGAACAGGAACUUCAGCACCGUCCGAAGCACCGAGUCUCGAAUCGUUAACUUCAGCUUGGUCCAAUGCGCCAUGGUGGUUUGCAUGGGCGGUCUACAGGUCUUCGUUGUUCGAUUCUUCUUCCAGGGCGCACGGAAAGGCUACGUGUAAAUGGAUUCGAAGCAUCACGGAUGGACGGGUUUUGCGGCGUAUUGGAACACCGGUGGGCGUGGUGUGGGUAGCCAACACAUUAUGUAUAUAUCAUUGAAGGCAAAACAGGGUGGGAUUUUUGAGCUGACCUAUAGCCAUGACUUCCUUCCAUGAGCAAGUGAUAAGAAACAUUUACGAAUAUAAAAAUUUAUCUGUUACGGG